AUGCUGUACUUCGAUCAGCUUUCCCAUGAUCGUUUCGGAACCGUGCGUCAGCAAGUAUGGGCUCUACUACACUAUCCAUUGCAUUCAGCAAUUCUCCUGUGCGUCGAAGGCAACACCUCUCUCAUCGUGUGGAACUCAGCCGUGCAAGCUCUCAAGUGGAUAUGGUCUAUCAAGCCUGAGAAUUACUCCGACUCAGCCAAUGGCUACUCCGACGCCGACAGCUAUAUCGACUACCUUAAUCAGAGCAUGAACGCUAUCAACGGGAGAUUCAAGAGCAAACUUUGGAACACCACUUACAACUGGAACACGAACUUCACUGCUAUCGAGAAUUACACUGCAACAUACGGCUUCAAGUCAGACGAAUGGAACAAUCGAACCGGUGACGUCACUCGUCAUAUGUUCGACAGGGCGCAAGUCUUCGUGUACGAGGCACAUUAUGACUCUCUGGCGAAGCUUAACGCCGUUACCUCGACUACAGCUAGUCCGCGAAACAAGCUUGACGCCGUUUCUGAUGUCUUCAACACCACUACCAUGCAGUUCUUCAUCGGCGCAGGCUGUCUGUUGUUGGUGCUCGCGAUCAUGUACUGGUUCAACAAGAUCCACAAGACGAAGUAUGAGUUUGGCGAGAUCAUCAACAGAGUUGUUGUCGGCUUUACGCUUAUUAUCCUGGGAAUCACUGUCGUCAUUGCAGACAAAACCACCAGUGGUUUCAAGUUCAAGGGGAGUCAUUGGAUGAUUCCCAUAGUGGUGCUGUUCUUUGCUGCAGUACUGUUCUUUGACAACAUCCUACUUGUUGUCGCACAAUACACCAGCCGCCAUCCACGUCACUCGCACAAUCGCGAUAUCUCAUGGGGUAACAGGACCCUGAACAACGACAGCGACGAUAACGAAACUGGUGGUCUCAUAUCAAGAUACCCCAGCCGCGCACCAAGCCCCAGCGGCACACCCAAACGUGCGCCUCGCAGCCGAAGCCACACACCAACACCUCCCUUGAACAGAGUUCAAACCGCGUACACGCCAUUCACAGACUCGCCGCCUCAGCCCCGCGACUUUGUCACAGGUCCAUCAAACGGCAAGGCUAGGAUGCUAAGUCACAGUCCUGGCCCAGCGGUUGACAAUGAAGCCACACUCCAAGACGAAGGACAGCACGCAGGACAUGGCCGCGGCAGGGCCAACACAGCUGACUUCUCGUACGAAAACACGCCCACCAGUGCUUUACCCAGGAACCAAGGGCUAGGCAUUGGUAUCACGGUUCAGCGAGCCAGUACACCCAGCCUGUACGGUAACAAUCACCAGGACGGUGAUGUGCGAGAAAAGGCUACUUGGAAGAGCUUGGGCGUUAUGACUGAAAAUGAUUAUGAAGGAAGGGGGUAUGGUGAUGCUGGGUUGCAGCAACCGAUGCGUGCAAGGGCUGUUAGCUUUGAGGAUCAUGGGCCUGGCGCUUGA